CGUAACGUGCAAUUAUUGGCUUAACAAUAACCAGCUUUGCAUAUUUUGUAUAAAACGGCCCAAGGUUUUGUGAAUACUGUUUUUUUUUUUUUCGCAAACAUCCCCCAAUUACCAAAUUGGUCUGUUAUUUGGCUACUUUAUUUUUCACGUGGGAUUUGUGACACGACACGCGCAAAACCGUGCAAUAGUGCGAUCAAGUUACAACAUCCGCAGUGUGUGCAUUUUUGGAAAAGCGCUACCACCCCGUGUUCCAUCAUUCCACCCCAGGACAAAAAAACAAGCUGCAUUCGAAGCAGCAGCAGAAGGCACAAAUUUGCACUCGAUUGUUCUGCAGUUCUGCAGGCAGUAAGGCAUUUACUCGCAUAUGUUACAUUGCGGUAAGGUCCGUGAAGAAAACGACCAAAAGAGAAAGUAAUCGUAACGAACGAAUGAAAAGGUGAAUGGAAAACAGCUGAAAAUUGGAGCCCCCGCACAACGGCAAUAAGCAAGCGCAAAUUUCUCUUGUGUGGGUUAGGAAAGGGAACCCAGUUACACAAUGAUACUUAGACAGGUACGGUGCAGCCUCGUGCAGCUGGGAGUUACGGGGAGCUUUCGGAUUCCGCAUCUGAUUUCCACCGCCAGGAGUUCCACCUUUGUGGCCAGCAAGAUACAAACGAACCGUACAGAAGAAGAGAAGGUCCGGCAUCGUCUCGCGCAGAUCAACGAGGAGGUACAAAAACUGUUAGCACUCAAAGAACAGCUGAAGCAAUGCACCGUGGAGGAUGGAGGUGAAUCGGCAGCACCGAAGUCUCCGGGUGGAAAUGAAUCGACUCCCGGCAACCGGAACCUCUCACUGAAAACACCGAAAGGUACCCGAGACUAUGGUCCGGAGGCAAUGGCUCUCAGACAACGGGUACUGGAUCAGGUGGUUCGUGUGUUCCGCAAACAUGGAGCAGAAACCAUCGAUACGCCCGUGUUCGAGUUGAAGGAGGUGCUCACCGGCAAGUACGGCGAGGAUUCGAAGCUGAUCUACGACUUGAAGGACCAGGGAGGUGAGAUAUUGGCCUUGCGGUACGAUCUCACCGUCCCAUUUGCCCGGUACGUCGGUAUGGGCAACGUGUUCAACAUCAAGCGCUACCACAUCGCGAAGGUGUACCGGCGGGACAAUCCGCAGAUAACGCGCGGCCGUUACCGGGAGUUCUACCAGUGCGAUUUCGACAUUGCCGGCACGUACGAUCCGAUGCUGCCGGAUGCGGAGUGUGUGAAGGUGGUGUGCGAGAUCCUGUCCGAGGUGGGCGUCGGCGAGUUUGUGGUGAAGCUAAAUCACCGGAAGCUGCUUGACGGUAUGUUUGAGGCGUGCGGUGUUCCGGCAGAAAAGUUCCGCACUGCUUGCUCGUCAGUGGACAAGCUGGACAAAACGCCCUGGGACGAGGUGAAGCGUGAGAUGGUCGAGGAGAAGGGUCUGACGGAGGAGACGGUCGAUCGGAUCGGAGAGUACGUCACGUUGCACGGUGGUGCAGAGCUAAUCGAUCGGCUGGCGGUGGAUGAAAAGCUAAAGAAGAUCCCGACCGCCAUGGAAGGUCUGGAGGAUAUGCGGCUGUUGCUGCAGUACUGUGACAUCUUCCAGGUGGCGGACAGGGUCUCGUUUGAUCUCAGUCUGGCCCGUGGGCUCGAUUACUAUACCGGUGUUAUAUACGAGGCGGUACUGCUCGGUAGCGGUGGCAACGAUGAGGAAAUAACGGUCGGUUCGGUGGCUGGUGGCGGCCGGUACGAUAACUUGGUGGGUAUGUUCAACCCGAAGAGAAAGCAGGUCCCGUGUGUUGGUGUGUCGAUCGGUGUGGAGCGUCUGUUCUCCAUCAUGGAGUCACGGACCGCCGCCAAAACGCGCACCAACGAGACGCAGGUGUACGUAAUUUCUGCCCACAAAGGACUGCACUUAAAGCGGCUAGAAAUUCUUAACAAACUUUGGGCAGCAGGUAUUAAGGCUGAACAUCCGUACAAACUGAACCCGAAACUGCUUGCCCAGCUGCAACACUGCGAAGAGUACCAAAUCCCGUACGCGAUCGUGCUCGGUGAUGGUGAACUGUCCCGUGGUGUAGUAAAGCUACGCGAAAUUGCCACCCGCAAAGAGGAAGAACUUUCUCUCGACAAGUUCAUCGACGAGAUCAAAGCUCGACUAACCGCAUCCUAAACAACAUCCUCAUAUCCACGAUCAAACGCUGUGGGCACGCCGCAUUUUCGUUGUACCAGCAAUCAACCUGCAACCCCUUUGCGAUGCGAACUCGAAACGUUUGUUUUGUAAUAGACAUUUAACUUUAUUUUUCAUCUCAACGAUAAAGUGAUUCAAUGUGUUAUUACUGGCUGUCUUCUCGCUUAAGCAUAAUAAGACAGGUAAAAUAAAUUAGUGACGACGCAGUUACACCGUGCGUCGUAUGAUCGCUUA